CUCACAUAGUUUAGUCCCUUUCUGUCAAUUAAAGGGGGAUAAUUCGAAUUUGUGGGCUUCAACUCCCAGCCGUGCUAGCUUAGUCGGUCACUCGCUAACAUUAGCUUGUUUGUUUCACCGAAGUUCAACAAUGCUGUGGAAUAAGGUACUCCGGGCCAGCGCGCGCUGUGGUGUCCGGCUGCAGAGUUCCGGUGCGGCGGCCGCCAGCGUCAAAACCUCCACGGAUCACUCGGCAGCGAACGGUUUUUCGUUUGAGUUUACGGAUCAACAACGAGAGUUCCAGCAGUUGGCGCGCAAGUUUGCACGAGAAGAAAUCGUCCCUCAGGCUGCAGAUUAUGACAAAAGUGGAGAGUAUCCAAUGCCAAUCAUCAAGAAAGCGUGGGAGCUUGGACUGAUGAACAGCCACAUUGCAGAGGACUAUGGGGGAAUGGGCUUGUCCAUCUUCGACAGCUGCCUUAUCACAGAGGAGCUGGCCUACGGCUGCACUGGAGUGCAAACCGCCAUCGAGGCCAACUCUUUGGGCCAAAUGCCUGUUAUUAUCGGUGGCAAUGAGGAACAGAAGAAGAAAUAUCUUGGAAGAAUGACAGAGGAGCCUCUUAUGUGUGCGUACUGCGUGACAGAGCCAGGCGCCGGCUCCGACGUGGCGGGUGUCAAGACGCGGGCCGUGAAGAAGGGUGACGAGUACGUGGUCAACGGCCAGAAGAUGUGGAUCACCAAUGGCGGCAAAGCUAACUGGUACUUCCUCCUGGCCCGCACUGAUCCAGAUCCAAAAUGUCCCACCAACAAGGCUUUUACAGGCUUCAUUUUGGAUGCAGACACCCCCGGAGUUCAACCGGGUAGAAAAGAACUGAACAUGGGCCAGAGGUGUUCGGACACCAGAGGCAUCACGUUUGAGGACGUGAGAAUUCCGAAAGAGAAUGUCCUCAUCGGUGAGGGAGCGGGAUUCAAGAUUGCCAUGGGUGCCUUCGACAAGACUCGGCCACCAGUGGCAGCAGGAGCCACAGGCCUGGCGCAGAGAGCCCUCGAUGAAGCCACCACUUACGCCCUAGAAAGGAAGACUUUUGGCAGAGCGAUUGCUGAGCACCAGGCCGUGGCCUUCAUCCUGGCCGAAAUGGCAAUGAAGGUGGAGCUGGCCCGCAUGGCGUACCAGCGGUCCGCCUGGGAAGUGGACCGAGGCCGCAGGAACACCUACUACGCCUCCAUCGCCAAGGCCUUUGCCGGUGACAUUGCCAACCAGGUGGCCUCGGACGCCGUGCAGAUAUUCGGAGGCAACGGCUUCAACAGCGACUACCCUGUGGAGAAGCUGAUGAGGGACGCCAAGAUCUACCAGAUCUAUGAAGGCACCGCUCAGAUCCAAAGAAUGAUUAUUUCUCGUGAACACCUGGCAAAGGCCAAGAAAUGAACCCUGCACACGUGAAAUUAUUUGUAUUUUAUAAAUAUGUCUGUCAUUUAGUUGCAUAUGUUUGGCCUUGUCGUCCCCCACCUGACUUGCUGAUUCAUCCACACCUCAAAGAGCUACCUUUUCCAUCCAGUUUUCAGACAUUCAGCUUCAAUUGCCUUAAGUUAAGCCAUGAUUAACUGCACUAAACAAGUCAUUUUUUAAGAAUGGAUUACAGGCAAGUCUAAUGUAUUGUUGGCUCAGGUUUUUUUUGGAUGUACUUGUUGGGUAAUACUACGCCAUCAUUAUUAUUAGGGCUUCAUAACAUUUCUGAUCUGUAAAGUUGCACCAUAAACCUUAUUUUACAUUCUCUUUGGCACUUAAUCAUGGAAAAAGGUGUUCGUUAAAAUGAUGAAACGCCUCUACAAUCAAAUUGUUUUGUUUUGCUACAAACAAAAUGAUAUUCAGAUAUUAUUUAUUGUAACUUUUGCUCAUAAAU